CAAAGUUCUAAAAGGCUGCCAUAGCAUCAUGGCUGGGGCUGUUUACAAUUUUCAACAGGGAUGAUACACCCACUUAUAAAUCUUAUCUUUACUCACACACAAUAGAAGUAAAAACAGUAACAAAAUAUUUAUUUUACACAAUUUGAUAUAUUAGUAGUUAUUGGAUAUGGCAGAAGUUAACAAAUUACAAAUGGAAGACAUGAACAAUGCAGCUGGCGAUCACGAAGAAUCAACUUUCGAUGACAUCGAAAUGGCAUGUACCGGAAUAAAUAUGCUAUUGAACAACGGCUUUGACGAAGCGUUUGCUCUUUUUGAGAAAUACAAAAAUGAAAGUCCAUUGAUGCACUCUGGUUACAGCUUUGUCUUCUUUAUGCAAGCCUUGAUGUCAUUUGAGGAAGAAAAACUUGGCGAAGCCCACAAAGUACUGCAGGAAACAGAGAAAAAAUGCUCAUCACAUGAUGGUUUUGUUAAGUCUUUCAGGAAAAAAUUCUCAAAGAAAAAAUCGGAAAAUGCAGUAAUAACAGAGGAAAGAAUAACCAAUCAGAUAAUAGUUGCAGAUUGCCUGCUGUACCAGGCUAUUCUUGUGUUCACCAAUCAGGAUAUCCCAAGUUAUGUCAAGGCUGGCUGGCUGCUGCGUAAAGCCUGGAAAAUUUAUGAAAAACUUCACAAGGAAAUAACAACACUAAUGGAGAUACUUGCCCAGAACAAAAUUGCCAAACUCUCAUCCUCUGUUGACCCCGCCUCCUUCCACACACCAGCAGCAGGGGGACCCAACCAUUCAGAAAUAAAUGGCAGCAGUGAGGACCCUGAGGAGCUGACGGCUGAUGUGCUGUCGCGUCUGCUGGGAGCUGUAAACUUUGGCUAUGGAACCUUCCAGCUCUGUAUAUCAAUGGUUCCUCCGAAGAUCUUGAAGCUGAUUGAAUUUCUAGGAUUUGAAGGUGAUAGAGAGAUAGGCCUGAGCUGUCUAGCCUUCACCAGUCACAGCAAGGAUAUGAAGGCUCCCCUUGCCACUCUCGCCUUGCUAUGGUACCACACUGUGUUAAGGCCCUUCUUUGCCCUAGAUGGAGCCAACCAGUUUCAAGCAGGAUCCAAAGAAGCCGAGGCCAUCAUCAAAGAAAAAGAAGGGGAAUUCCCAAACUCUUCCUUGUUUUUGUUUUUCCAAGGAAGGAUAUGUCGUUUAGAAAAAAAGAAUGACCAGUCUCUUGUACUCUACAAAAGAGCCCUAGUUGAGGCUAAAGGUCAAAGGGAAAUUGAAUUAAUGUGCCUGUAUGAAAUUGGGUGGUGCCAUAUAUUGAAGCUACAAUGGAAAGAUGCUCAGGAAGGAUUUAUCAGGCUCCAGAAAGAAUCCAAAUGGUCUCAGGCAUACUACACAUAUCUUAUUGCAGUUUGUAUUGGAUCUCAGGGGGAGAUAGAGGCAGCUCAUGAUAUCUUUCACAAAGUGCCAGGAUUGAUCAAGAGAAAGAACAACCAGAUUGAGGCUUUUGUUGGGAAAAGGGCUGAAAGGUUCAAGAAACUGAAGCCCACUAAAGAACACUGCCGACUACUGACCCUCGAGAUGAUAUUCCUUUGGCAUGCUUUGCCAACAUGUACACAUGAGGAGUUACGCCCCUUACUAAAUGUAUGUGAAAUGCAGACAGAUCACAAUCUGAUGCCGUUGAAGUGUUUACUUGAAGGUUCUCUCUACAAGGAACUUGGUGAAGAAGACAUGGCUAUCAAUUGUUUAAAGGAAGCUUUGGCCAGGCACCAAGGGAAGAAAGAUGACCUUUUUAUACCAGCAUUUACUCUAUUUGAAAUGGCCUCCAUAUACAUGAAAAAACCAGAAACGAUUCCCGACGCUAAGAACAGUCUGCAGAUUAUUAAGGACAACUACAAAGACUAUGAUUUUGAAAACCGGUUGAGUGUGCGUGUCAACAAUGCAUUGAAAAGGUUAAAAUUUGGAUCAGGCAACCCCACAGCGGUUUAAACGUCUCCGGAUAUUUGAAAGUAGUGUUGAUCAGUUCCACCUGAGAGUAUGGUCUUUUCUUCGACCUUGACCUUUUCUUCAACCUUGACACUUGACCCUACACCAGUUUUCUAAAGUACUUUUUUUAUAUACUAGUCUUAGUUAACUUAUUGAUAGAAAUCCAAUUGUUUGUGCAAAUGUAUGGCUAAAUGGAUACCUCAACCAAUCCAUGUUUUGUUAGUUUUUUAUUCAUUCAUUUAUACAAAUAAUUAAAUCCAAUAAUAAGGCUACUGUGCUGAUGUGGAUAUUUUUUAUAUAUAUUUUUAGCUUUUAUUUAGGCAUCUUUUAGUUUUAAAUCAAUAAAUGAAUAAAGUCAAAAUUUAUCAUUAUAAACACUCUGCAAAAAAUAUAAACUAUAGCUUUUAAGAAAUAAAUGGUCAUUGAUAUGUUACAGGAAUGACACACGAAGACUGUUCUGUAAUUUAAACGUUUGUUUUCUACUUUUUUUGUAAUGUGUGUACUUUUCAUGAAGUUGUGCACAGAAAUAUUUGAUACCUUUAAUUAAUCACAAAUCUGUUAUCUAGAUACCAGUAACUCUGAAGGUGCCAUUGAAAAUGCCGACACAUGCAUUAGUGGUAUGACAAUAAUUGUGUUAAUAAAAUGCCAAAAAAAUAUCUAAAUGCAUGCAGGGACUCUUGAAUAAACAUAAAUUAGUUGUGUACACAUCUUUAUACAUAAAUUAGUUGUGUUUGGAGAAGUACUCUAUCCAUAAACUAGUUGUGUGUAUACUAACAUUAAAUGUGCAUACAAAAAACAGGACACCAAGACAGUUAUGUUGCUGUGACAACAUUUGUUUACUAUCAUGACACAUCAAAAUCACAUGACCUGACUUCGAAACAAUUUUUGACAAUAUGAGAGGCGAUGAAUGACUAGCUAGGAUAUUUCGGCCAACCCGUAUCAUCUUGCAAGUCUGCCACUCUCAACUUGCAGUUGAGUAUAGCAUCAGCAGAUAUUAUUCAAGAACAAACAAAAUGUAAAAGAAAAAAAGUUUGCUCAAAUUAUUUAUAUAUCCCCUAAAAUAAAAAAAUGUAAUAUGUUGUAUACUAUGCUUUGCUUCAACUUACAAAUACAUAGAGUAAGAUGACUUGAGAUAUACAUGUGAAUGCUUGCUUGAAUCUAAGUAUAAAUCAUGUUUUAGUAAA